AUGCAUCUCAUCUCAUCAUCUAUAAACUCCAUCCUCACUGACUCAAACCCCACAGCCGAACAAGAAAGUUCUCGCACCGCAUACCUGCGCGCCCUAGAUAAAGAUGUCGAAACCUCCUCCGAUCCAGAAAAAGAAGCCGGUGAUGACGCCAAUAUCGAGGAAGUCGCAACCCACUCCCCAGUCACAUCCUCAACGCCAUCAGUAACGAGUAAUGAACCGCCACCACAACGCCAUGUCAUCCGCUUCGAAGAAAACGACCCCGAAAAUCCAAACAACUGGUCCAUGCCCAAGAAAUGCUACGCCCUCUUCGUCGCCAUCAUGAGCGUUAUGAACAGCACCAUGUCCUCGUCGCUUGCGUCUGGCGCCACGCCUCCGAUUUCGAAGCACUUUGGCACCACGUCCGAGUAUCUGUUGAUUCUGCCUACCUCGAUGUUUCUCGUCGGAUACGUGUUUGGACCCAUGGCGUGGGGCCCGUUGUCGGAGUCGGACGAUGGUGUAUUCAUUCGCUAUCCUAACGGUCUUCUCGAUUGCGUCAGCGGUGGCGCCAAAUUUCGGGGCGCUCGUGGUGUUUAG